AUGAAUGGAAACAUGUAUUGGAUUGCUGAAAUGGUGGAUGAUAACUCCGUUGAUUCUCCUUUUGACACCAGAACUUUCUUCAUCCAAUGUUUUGAUUUCUCCAAAGAGGUAUUCAAAGAAACAUGUGGUUUACCCUUUGUAAAACGUGAUGCUUGGCUUUUGCCACGCCUAUCAGGUUUCGGAGGAGAUAGACUUUCUUUGUUAGCUCAACAUAAAAAUGGGAAGAUUCAGGUUUGGGUAACAAACAAUCUGAGUGAUGAGGUUGUCUCGUGGAGCAUGUAUUUUGAUGUUACUCCUGAUAAUUUCAGAAUAUUAACCGGCUCUCCAACAUACUUGGUCCACAAGACCAAUAGGAUCAUGUUAUGGUGCGAGGAAGAAGAUGUCGAAAAUAUAAAUAUUUACGUCAAUGUUUACGAAAUAGGUGAGGGUUUUGUCGAGAAACAAGUUGAGACAGGACGACGUAGAAGGUGUGAUAAGGUUUACAAACAUAGCCGUUGCUUUGUAUUUGUUCCAAGUCUGGUUCCGGUUCCAAAAUAA